UUCCAUAUGUUGGCAUCGGUUUUCCAAUAGCCGUGCAAAGGAGAAGGUAGAGUAUGGCUGUGAAUGGUGCGAGCGUGAUGCUGCGGUGCAGCGUGGCUGCGAGGUUGUUCAUGACGGCGGACAGGGUGGCGCCGGCGGUGCCUCAGGUGUGUGGGCGCGGGGACAAGAAGACGAAGAAAGGAAAGAGGUUCAAGGGAUCGUACGGUAACGCUAGGCCGAAGAAAGAGAAGAUGAUAGAGCGCAUCAAGGACAAGGUCGAAGUUCCCAGGUCCACUCCUUGGCCUCUCCCUUUCAAGCUCAUCUGAUUCCCUAUUCUAUUCUAGGCUUUCCGCUCACUCAUAUCACAUAUCUACUCUCUCGUUACCAUUUUCUAUUCAAUUCGAUUUUCACUUUUAUGCUCUCUCUUUGGUUUUAUCAUCAAAACAAAUAGUAGGAUUUUGCAAUUAUAAAGUUCCCAUAAACUAUAUGUUUAUUCAAAAGCUUGUUAGUUUGUAAUAGAUAAGCCAAUUGGUUGAGUUGGUAGAUUACUGUGUACUUGUAACCCGUCCUUUUAAUUGAUCCUUGGAGAGUGACACUUGUUGCUGUGAUUUAUGACUAAAUCCUUAAUCCACGAAAACAGUAAAAUAUGUGGUCA